AUGCGUCUGCGACGCCGCUGGCAACGGCGGAUGCGGCGUACUCUCGAGAAAAUCUAUCGACUCAAGAUGCAGUCACGUCGCAAGUUGGCGCUCUUAGCGGUCUUUGGCUGCCUCUGUGUGAUGAUUUUCUGGCUGGCCGGGCAACAAAUGCUGACGCCGACAGAUGGUCAUGGCAGUCACAGUCACGGCGACAAUAGAGGCUGUGCUCCCAUUGAUGCUGUUUACACGUGGGUAAACGGAACUGAUCCUGACUUUAUAGAGACCAUCAGACGUUAUGAUCCAAGCUAUGACCCAUCGCGUUUCGAUGACAAAAACGAGUUGAAGUACUCGUUACGCUCACUGGAGCAACAUGCCAACUGGAUACGACACGUGUAUAUUGUGACCAACGGCCAAAUUCCCAGCUGGCUGGACCUCAACUACGACCGAGUUACUGUGGUUCCCCACGAAAUGCUGGCUCCUGAUCCCAGACAGUUGCCCACAUUCUCCAGCGCGGCAAUUGAGACUUUUGUGCAUCGUAUACCCAAGCUAUCCAAGCGUUUUCUCUAUCUGAAUGAUGACAUUUUCUUGGGUGCUCCUUUAUACCCAGAAGAUCUCUAUACUGAGGCCGAGGGCGUGCGUGUCUACCAAGCGUGGAUGGUGCCCGACUGUGCCCUUGACUGCCCCUGGACGUACAUUGGCGACGGUGCCUGCGAUCGCCACUGCAACAUCGAUGCUUGCCAGUUCGAUGGCGGUGACUGCAACGAAAGUGGCACAGGAGAUCUGCAUGGUGAGCUACACGAAGCGGCUGCCACUGUGGCACCUCCAGUUCCAGCUCCAGGUCAUGCAGGACUACACAAGUUCCCCAACAUGGGACUACAGAAGCUGUUCAAACGCAGCUCGAGCAACUUUAAGGAACUGAUGCGUCACAAGAACGUCUCCACGUUGCUCGAACUCCGACGCAUUGUGGAGCGUUUCAACAAGGACAAACUAAAGUCGCUGAGUCCAGAAGUGGAUGCCAGCAACCCAGUCAGCAGCAGCAACAUUGUUAGCACUACCAGUACCAGCAACUUGUUGCACAAGGAAGACUUUAAAUCCUCCACAGACAUUUACUCUCACUCAUUGAUUGCAACUAACAUGCUGCUGAAUCGCGUCUAUGGCUUCAAGGCUCGUCAUGUCCUCGCCCAUGUAGGAUUCCUCAUAGAGCGAGACAUUGUGACAGCAAUGCAAGAGCGUUUCCAACAGCAGGUACUGGAGACGGCAAAUCAAAAGUUUCGUGCAGCCAGCGAUCUGCAAUACGCCUUUGCCUAUUACUCUUAUCUGAUGAGCGAGACACAUGUGCUUGGUGUGGAUGAGAUCUUCGAUGAGUUCGACACGGAUGGCUCUGGCACCUGGUCAGAUCGUGAGGUGCGUACCUGGCUCACACGCAUCUAUCCACCACCUUUAGACUGGUCUGCCAUGCGCUUCUUCGAGGAAGUGGUGCAAAACUGUUCCAUUAGCUUGGGCCUCGAUGUCAAUGCCAAUAAGAUUGUGCACUCAACGCUCGUCUACGAACGCUACGAGGACUCCAAUCUGCCAACAAUUACUAGAGAACUCGUCUGUCGUUGCCCACUGCUCGCUGAAGCUCUGAGUGCCAACUUUGGUGUGCGUCCCAAGUAUCGCUAUCACGUGAGUCCCAAGCGCACAUCACACAGUAACUUCAUGAUGCUCACCUCGAAUCUGACUGAAGUGGUUGAGGCGCUUGAUCGCAUGCGUCGCAAUCCUAGAAAAUUCAACUGCAUCAACGAUAAUUUGGAUCCAAAGCGAGGCGAAGACAAUGAGCUAGUGCGUCAUCUACUUGAGGAUUUCUACUUGUCAUUCUUUCCGCGUCGUAGUAAAUUCGAGCUGCCACCACAAUAUCGUAAUCGCUAUGUGUCAUGGAGCGACUAUCAACGCUGGCGACGUCGCAAACGAGCUGUGCUCGUUGUGGGCUAUGGCGUGAGUCUGUUGCUCGUUGUGUUCCUAGUGUGCUUAUUGUGCCAACACAAGGCCAAGAUCGUGAGGCGUUGUGUGCAACGUCUCUAAUGUACUGCAAUCCGUUUGGUUGUCUGAUAUAUAAUUUCAAUGUUGUGAUAAGUUGUAACCUUUGAGAUAUUCGCCAAUUCAGCGCUAUGCAUUGUAGCUACAAAUAUAAGUCGAAUCUAGUUAUACACAGUAGGCUAUACUUACUCUAUAUAUAUAUACUCAUUAAUGUACUUAACGUUUAAGCGCUAAAUCGAGGCUAAUGUUAAGUGAAAUAUUUGUAAUUUCCCUUACCAGAGAAUGAAAACGAUCUGAUUCCGAAGCUAAGUCCAAAUACAUUA